AUUAUAUAAAGUAUUGAUUAUAUUGUCUUGUGAUUGCAAUAGGAUUAUAGACACAAGAGAUUUGAAAACUUUUUACAAAUCAUAAAUUUAUACUUAAAAGUUGUUAACUAUUUUGUUAUACAAAAAGUUAUCAUUGGAUUAAUGCCAACUGAAUCAAUGGACAAAAUAGCUUUCAUUACACUCAUAGCACUCAUAAUAGCUGUUGAAUCGCUGCCCAAACACUUACCGAUUGUCCGCAAAAGCAUUUCCGACUACGAGAACGAUGUGGUCCUUCAACACAAAUCUCAAGCC